AUGAGACCUCAACACGCAGUACAAAAUCGCAUAAACGUCGCCCUAGUGCAGAAUAGUGAUUAUACGGUUUUGAGAUGUUCUCUGCGGACAUAUCUGCCGACUGUGAAUGUAGCCAACGACCUUUUGAGACUCUUCGUCAUCGGCGAACCGCUAGGAUGCGGGCCACCGUUUCAUGUAUGCAAACAGCAUGGACGUUCCUUCAAGUUCACAGACUUCUUGCUGAAAAAGACUUUUUGA